AUGUCAACACUUUAUCUAACAGGACCUCAACUUACUUAUGAUUCAUUAGAUAGUAAUGUCGCUAGGAAAUUAAAGGAUAUUUGUAAGGAGAUGGAAGUUUUGAUGAUCAAUUCUAAUUCUAAGUUCUCAAGCCUAUUGUAAAGUCAGUAAAAUAGCUUUUAUAAGGCAUUUAAAUUGGUUGUUGAACAAAUGUCUACAGAUUUUAAGAAUUUGCAAUAAAAAUUUGAUGAAUAUAUAACCUAUCAUGAAAAUGAGACAGAAGUAGUCAAAACUUAAAAUAAAUUGAUUUUUUUUAGAGAUGAAUGUCAAGUUCUCAAUAAAUUAUGUAUAGAUUUGAAACACCAAAACCAAGAGUUAAAAUAGAAAGUCAAAGAUCUUGAAUAAGAAAUCAACAAUCAUAAAUUUAUACUAGUUAAAUAAAUUAGUAAGAACUCAAAAAUAAAUGAAGAAAUAGAGAUUAUGAAAUUACAAAUGUAAUUAGCUUAACACACUUAAUAACUCAAUAAGAAUCCUGAUUAGAAUGUCACAAAUGAUAAGAAACUAAAAGUUCCCCAUCUCAAAUUGAAUAAUAGAUAUCACACAGAAUUAACAGAUUAUGAUCAUUAAAGCAUUAGUACUUUUAGCAAUAAAAACUAAAUUAUUAAUCUUUAGAAGGAUACUAAAUAAAGGAAAAAUCUAUCAUUUGUUAACAAGACAAGCGAAGAAUUAACUAAUGCUCAAUCAAGCAAAUAACACUUAUAUCAUAUAGAUCAAUUUUUUGAGAAAUCAUUCAAUUCCAGAACAAAAUCACAAUAACAUACUUUAAAAAAGCUAGAACAAACUGAACUAAGUUAAAAGGUUCCAGAAAGGAGUUCAUCGAAUUUAAAAUAUAACAAAGUAAGUAAUUAAUAUUACAAAAAUAAUCCAUCCAUUUCCUGUUGA